ACAGGAUUGUCAUUCGGGUGACAUUUCACACGAUUCCCGCUACGGAAAGCAUUCCGCACGACUGAAUUCCACGAACGGACCGUUCUCGUGGCUCUAUUUGUCUAAGAGUAUUUACUUCGAUUAUUCGUUUAUUUUCAAUGAGAAGCGGGUAUCGUAAGUUUCGUUGUCUGAAAAUCAAUCGAAACAGCAGAGGCUAAGCCAUUGAUACCGUGUCAUGCAAAAAUCAUCGUCCACCGAUGCUCGAGUACUGAGUACAGACUGUGGCAAAAGAUUCGUUCCAUGGAUUUCUACAUAUGUUACGUGUGGUUAUGUGACAGUGACGGCCGAGGGUGUAUAAUAUAAAAUUGUGGAUCAUAUAUGAAUAAAAGGACCAUGUAUUAAGAGAUUCUGCUUUGCGACUAUUGAGACUGUAAUGGAAAGUAUGAAUUGUCGGAAAUAAGUACUCGAUAACAACAUAUGAUAAGAUGGGGAACUCUGGUUUGAAACAACAUUAUGAGACCGCGAAGAAAACCGGAACGUUGAAACUGUCGCAGAGGAAACUCGACGAGUUCCCGCAGAAUUUGUUAGCUUUGACGCCACUUCUACGCACGUUAGAUCUGUCCGAGAAUAAAUUCGUUCACAUACCCGAUGAGAUACGGAAUUUCACGCUACUGAAGCAUCUGAAUCUUAGUCAUAAUAAAUUGAUUGAUUUACCCGAAGCCCUUGGACUCUUGACAAAAUUGGAAGUUUUAAAUGCAAGUUCGAACCAAUUGAAGAAUAUCCCAUUGUCUUUGUCGAACUUAACGCAUUUGAAACAGGUCAACUUGUCCGACAACCAAUUGACCGAAUUCCCUCCUGUGUUUUGCGAUGCAAAACUUCUGAACGUGUUAGACCUGUCAAAGAAUCGAAUUACGACGAUACCUGACGCGGCUGGAGCGUUACAUAUGGUUGAGCUUAACCUCAAUCAAAAUCAGAUAUCGACUAUAUCCGAGAAACUAGCAGAAUGUCCGCGCUUGAAAACAUUAAAACUGGAGGAGAACUGUUUGCAACUGAACGCGAUAUCUACUAAAAUUAUGAAGGAUUCAAAAAUUUCUGUUUUAUCCGUCGAGGGAAAUUUGUUCGAAAUGAAACAAUUUGCCAAUGUCGAUGGAUACGACAAUUACAUGGAAAGGUAUACCGCGGUGAAAAAGAAAAUGUUUUAAAAUCCCGUUGUACGCUGAUAUGAACAAGAAUUGUCAUAGAAACUUUUUAUAAUACUUGAGGAAAUACCGCCUCUCGUGUUCUUUCAAUUAUAUUAUACUCGAUACCUGCGAUAAUGUCAUUUUGUAGAAAUAAAAUCAUGCUUAACUGGGCACUGACAGUUCUUCAAUAAGUUGAUGGAUGCUAAUAUCGAGAUUUAUUGUUGUACAAAGUAUCGAUGCACAAUAUCGGUAUUAUAUAAAAACUAAUAUUUCUGUAAUAGACUGUAUAGUUAUUGCUAUACGGAUUGCAAAACUGUGCCUUUGUAUUCCGUAUUAAAAUGCAGCGUAUUAUUAGAACGUACAAAUAAGCGAUAUAAGAUUUUGCAAAAAAUUUGUUAUUUUUUGCACUACAUUCGAUUUUACAUGUUUAAAAUAAAAGAAACCAAUCCCAAAUGUUCUUUAUCCUCGUAUACAAUUUUGUAUCUCACGAAAUAAGCUCUGCAUAAUAAAAAAUUAUACGUCGAGUGUUUUCGAAAGUAUUACCACUGUAUGUAUGUAUGUAUUUAAUGUAAAUCUGUAAAAUUUUAUUGUACAAUGCGUGUAAAUACACGUAUGUAUAU